CAAAUUAGAAAAAGUCAAAACCCCAAAAAGGAGCCGGAACUCAACCCCAAAAAAACCAAUAACCGUAUAGAUCUCUUUCAUAUCCGCCCCUUUUGUCAUCACUCUCUUCAAAACUCCAAAUUCAAACCCUAAUUCCCCCAUAAUCACCCCUGUAUACCUUCAAAUCAAUCGAUUUCUUCCAAAUUUAACGCCAAUCGACGCUCAAUUUGAGUCCUCUUUCAUCGUUUCCCGUUUCUUCCAAACUUUUCGCCAACUUAGGGUUUUUGUGCGCUUAAUCGUUGUGGAAAUUUGAUUCAUUCUUCCCUUUAUCUUGCAAGCUGGCUAUGGAUUACGAACCUUAUGAUAGCAGCGGAACCGAUGAUGAUCUCCCCCCGUCCCAUCAAAACAGAAUUCCAAGAGGUGGACACGUGGCAGGUAAUGGAAGAUCUGCAGUUAUGGGUUCCGCACAAUAUCCUAGGACGUACGGGGAUACCGAUAUGGAAGCCCAAAUUCACCACCUUGAGCAAGAAGCAUACAGUUCAGUUUUACGAGCCUUCAAAGCCCAAGCAGAUGCAAUCACUUGGGAAAAGGAAGGUUUAAUAACCGAGCUCAGGAAAGAAUUGAGAUUGUCAAAUGAAGAACAUAGAGAACUUUUGCUUAAAGUAAAUUCAGAUGACGUUAUCCGGAGAAUAAGGGAGUGGAGGCAGUCCAGUGGGCUUCAACCCGGGAUGGUCAACCCUGGUCAAGCAGUACAUGACCCAUUACCGAGCCCAUCUGUAUCAGGAAACCGUAAGAAGCAGAAGAUGAACCCGUCAGGACAUUCUCAAUCGUUUGGUGGGCCACCGCAACAUGUACCUUUACCAACUCCUUCAUCUGCUAGAAGAGCACCUGUGACGGGGCCCAAAGGAAAAAACAAGAAAUCCAUGAUGGGUGGAUUAUCUAACAUAAAAACGCAGCAUCCUCCAUCAGGCAGCACUACUGGUAGGGCCCAGCUUGGUAACCGUGUGACUUCCGGUGCACAUGCAAAUGAAACCGCUGAAACACCAUCGUUCUCACCGUUAAUCGGUAGAAAAGUGAGAACCAGGUGGCCCGAUGACAAUAAUUUCUAUGAAGCCACAAUUACAGAUUACAAUCCAGUGGAGGGUCGGCAUGCACUAGUAUACGAUAUGUAUACAACAAAUGAGACAUGGGAGUGGGUCAAUCUUGCAGAGAUAUCUCCAGAGGAUAUACAAUGGGUGGAAGGUGAGGAUCCUGGGAUUCCUCUUAAAACGGGCUAUGGUGGGCCGGGUCGACCCGUUGGGCGAGAUAGUGGUCCAGGUGGAGGAAGAGGUAGAGGGAUGCCCAAGGGUCAAACAAGAAAGAUUUUCCCACCGUCACAGAAUGGCAUCGGAAAGAAGGGUUUAGAUGAUCUUCAACUAUAUAACACCGAUACUCUAAUAAAAGAGGUGGAGAGAGUGUUUGGAUCUAGUCAUCCAGAUCCACUUGAAAUAGAGAAAGCAAGAAAAGUCCUCAAGGAACAUGAAGAGGCACUUGCUGAUGCUAUUGCAAGGCUUGCAGAUAUUUCUGAUGGUGAAAGUGAUGAAGGUAUGCGUGGACGACCAAUGGAACGGGAAUAGUUUAAUUAACUACUGAUAGCGAAAUACUAACGGUUAAUGAGAUGGCAAAAGGUGACAUAGAAAGAUGUUUGUUUUAGAUUUGGGUACUAGUGUUAAAGUGCAUUGUAAAAUAUAUCAUGAUUGGUUGUUACCCCUUUAGAUAUAAUGUGUAGCAGUAAUUGUAGUAUGGGGUAACUUUUGUCAUGUUCAUGUUUUAUAUGAAAUUCAUUUGCACUUUUAAUAACGACGAUUAUCAACAUGGUUAAAAUUCUGUCA